AAUAUCAAAAAUGUGUUUCACAGACAAAAAAGUCAUACAGGUUUAGAACGACAUGACAGUUAAUAAAUGAUGUCAGAUAUAUUAUUUUUGGGUGAACGAUCCCUUUAAUUCGAUGAACUGCACCUGUAUUUAUUCUGCUAGGACACCUGUUUGAACUUUAAAGAAAAAUUAUAUAAAUUCAGCAGGAUUUGUCUUUAACUGGCACUUGGUGUAAUAUUUUUAUCUAACCAAAUGGCAUCCAUACAUUUUUAUGAGAAACUUAACCAUCCAAAUACUCUGGGUGUCUGUAUGCAUCUAAAGUGCUCCUGCCGCAUUUUAAGAACAGUCAGUGGAAUUUUAACCCCCGCAUCCCCUGCCUCUGACACCACACACACACACGGCCAUCAUGCCCCCAGCAACCUCCCUCCAUUGAGAAAGUUAACAGUUUGUUUUUCACAGGACUGAAUGCUUCACUGCACACAUCACCGAAGCCCCUCCACCCCUCCUUCACGCUGGACCAGCCCGUCCGUGAGAGGCUCACUUAAAUUAUUUCUCUCUCCGUCUGUAAGGAUUCAGUAAAACACAUCCGAAGUCUGUGGGAUGCCGUCUCUCGGAAUGAAUUCUCGGUGACACCUCGGAUCUGGACCCUCUCAUCGUCUCGAAGGAGUGCCUGAUGCGGUAACCAUGACAACAUCACCGCCAGAGACCAAACGACUGUCCCUCACAGGACUUAUCAUAUACCUUGUCUUGCUACAUCUGGUCGCAUCACAGACUCCAUCAUUCUCAGCGACCUCUGACCCCGAGCCGCUGCCCUCUCUGCCUGAAGAGUGUCUGAGAAAAAUGCACCCGGUUACCUCUUACACUGCUCUGAGCCCGUGGAUGUUCUCCUUCUCCCUGCCUGGAGUGAACGAUUACUCGCCCCUCACGCUUGACCUCACCAGAAACCAGCUGAUAGUGGGAGCCAGAAAUCAUCUCUUUAGGCUGAGUCUGAGCAAUGUCUCUCUGCUGCAGGCCACUGAGUGGGGUGUUGAUGAGACCACCAGGAGAUCCUGCCAGAGCAAAGGAAAGACUGAGGAUGAGUGUCAGAAUUACGUCCGUGUCCUCCUGCUGAACGGCGGCCGUUUGUUCACCUGCGGAACAAACGCUUUUAUGCCCGUCUGUACGACUCGCUCCGUCACUGACAUCUCAAGCGUUUUGGAUUCUGUCAGCGGAGUGGCUCGUUGUCCGUAUGACCCACGGCACAACUCUACGGCUAUGAUAACUGAGAGCGGAGAGGUCUACGCGGCCACAGUGACCGAUUUCUCCAGCCGGGAUCCCAUUAUUUACCGCAGUCUGGGGAAUAUGCCUCCGCUGCGGACCGCCCAGUACAACUCCAAAUGGCUUAAUGAGCCUCAUUUUGUCUCGGCGUACGACGUGGGCCGCUUCACCUACUUCUUCCUGAGAGAGAACGCAGUAGAACAGGAUUGUGGGAAGACUGUGUUCUCUCGCGUGGCCCGCGUGUGUCAGAAUGAUGUCGGAGGCCGUUUCCUACUUGAGGACACCUGGACCACCUUCAUGAAGGCCCGACUGAACUGUUCUCGCUCUGGAGACGUUCCCUUCUACUACCACGAGCUUCAGAGUACAUUCUACUUGCCCGAACAGGACCUCAUCUAUGGAGUCUUUACCACCAACAUAAACAGCAUUGCUGCGUCAGCUGUGUGCGCGUUUAACCUCAGCUCCAUCACUCAGGCCUUUAACGGACCCUUCCGUUACCAGGAGAACCCACGGACCAGCUGGCUUUCCACUCCUAACCCUGUCCCAAACUUUCAGUGCGGGACAGUGAACGAUUCGGGUCCGGGAAGUAAUCUAACAGAACGUAGUCUUCAGGAUGCUCAGCGGCUCUUCCUCAUGAGCGAGGUGGUUCAACCCGUUUCCACGGAUCCUCUGGUGAUGCAAGACAACAUCCGUUUCUCCAGAUUGGCUGUUGACAUCGUGCAGGGGAGGGACACGCUAUAUCACAUCAUGUAUAUCGGCACAGAACACGGCACCAUCAUCAAAGUCCUCUCCACGACCAAUAAGAGUCUACGCGGAUGUUACCUGGAAGAGAUGAACAUCUUCCCGGAAGGUGUGCGGGAGCCAAUCCUGAACCUGCAGAUCCUGCAGAGCGACAGGUCUCUGUUCGUAGGGCUUCACAGCAGGGUGCUGAAAAUUCCUCUGGAGAGAUGCUCCAACUACAAAAGCCAAGAAGACUGUCUGGGUGCCAGAGAUCCAUACUGCGGAUGGGACAGAAAACAGAAACGAUGUUCGACCAUCGAGGACAGUUCCAACAUGAGUCAAUGGAGCCAGAACAUCACAAAGUGCCCAGAACGGAACCUCACGCAAGAUGGUGGCUUUGGCCAUUGGUCAUCCUGGCAGCCUUGUAACCAUGACGACGGAGGGGAGAGCACCAGUACUUGUCAGUGUCGCACUCGUUCCUGUGAUAAUCCACCACCGCAGUGCAGGGGGCAAAAGUGUGUCGGGGCAAACAUAGAGGUGGCCAACUGUUCCAGAAAUGGAGGUUGGACUCCGUGGUCCUCCUGGGCCGAGUGCAGCACCAGCUGUGGCAUCGGCUUUGAGGUUCGACAGCGGUCCUGUAACAAUCCAGCACCCCGACACGGAGGGCGAGUGUGUGUGGGCCAGGCCCGAGAGGAAAGAUUGUGUAAUGAGAAAAACCCCUGUCCCGUUCCUGUGUCCUGGGUCUCGUGGAGCGCCUGGUCCAAGUGUAGCGUCGCCUGCGGAGGUGGAAUCCAAUCCAGGGUUCGCACCUGUGAGAACGGAAACACCUGUCCUGGAUGCCCGCUGGAGUACAAGGCGUGUAAUUUGGACGCGUGUGCAGAGGUCAGGCGGAACACUCCUUGGACUCCUUGGUACGCUGUUAAUGUGACCCAGACGGGGGCGAGACAGGAGCAGAGGGUCAGGUACACCUGCAGGGCUCUGCUCGCGGACCCUCACGACCUCCAGCUCGGCAAACGCAAGACAGAGACGCGCGUUUGCCCCCCUUCUGACGGUGCUACCGUAUGCGAGACUGAUGGUCUGGUCGAGGACUUGCUGAGAAUGGCUCGACCUGUCACACGAGUGCAAGGAGCCAUGUGGUCGCCGUGGGAAACGUGGUCCACGUGUUCCAAAGAGUGUUCCAAAGGUUUCCGCACGCGCAAGCGUUCGUGCGUCACGCCCGAUGGGAGGAGCACUCCGUUUGCCUGCAGCGGAACGCCCGUCGAAUAUCAGGACUGCAACAUUCAGCCCUGUCCAGUGAAGGGGGCGUGGUCAUGCUGGUCCUCCUGGUCUCAGUGUUCCGCUUCCUGCGGUGGCGGUCACUAUCAGCGUACCCGGACCUGCUCUGACCCCGCCCCUGCUCAUUCGGGUGAUAUCUGCAUCGGUCUGCACACAGAGGAAGCUUUGUGCAACACACACGAGUGUGAAGUUGGUUGGGGGGUAUGGUCAGAGUGGGCGGAGUGUAACGAGGAAGGGCUACAACUUCGUAGUCGCGUGUGUGAAAUAAGCCCCGCCUCUUGUCAAGGAAACCGCACGGAACAAAGCGAGUGUCGGCCCAAUGAGAGCUCAGGAAAGAAAAGGAACACAAACUGCGGAGGUUUCUCUCUCUUCCACAUGGUGUUGACGGGCAUCUGCUGUUUUUUGGGAGCGGUUUUGCUAUCUGUUCUGGUGUACGUGUACUGCCAGAAGCUCCGCAAACCUCCUCAGGAAUCAGCAGUAAUCCAUCCCAGCACCCCCAACCAUCUGCACUAUAAAGACAACAGUUGUGCACCCAGGAACGACUUGUACACGCCAAUGGAGUUUAAGACCCUGAAUAAGAACAACCUGCUUCCACCAGAAGAAAGCUGCAAUUUCUUCCCUUCGCCCAUGCCGCAGACGAACGUCUACGCCACCACGUAUUACCCCACCCCUCUGGGCAAAUACGACUACCCAUCGCUGGAUUCUCCCUGCAGUUACAUGCACAGCUGAUGGAUACACUCGCAAACAUCUCGUCUUUAAUGCGUAUGUGUGUGACCGUGGUUACACACCUGUAUCUGUCCAUGCAGAUGCAUUUGAAUACGCACGGAUAUACAGGAAAGCCAAACGCGCGACCUGGGUAAACGCGAAGUGACGUUCAGACCCGAAAUAGAAUUGACAAAAACAUGACUGAGGAAAACUAUUUCAGAUGGAAAGUCACAGGUUUUAAUGCUCAAUAAAAACAGAUUGACACUCACAGAGCAUGUAUGCUUCCUAAACGCUGAGGAAUCGGUGGAGGAUCGACGCAAAGACAUGCUACAUGUAUGCGCUGCUGGCAUCUUUAGAUACUUCGGUUUAAGAAAGCAGGUGUAACAGCAGAACUUGUUUGAGUUUUUCAAAUGUGAAGGUUCUGGAACCAUUGUGAUGUCUCACAACCUGAACACCUUUCUCUUGUUUUCCUCUGGUUUAUGUGCUUUUAUCUGGAUUACUGGUCAUGUGACUGGUUAACGCCACGACAGUAGAAACUGAAUGAAACAAACAAAACUGAGCAGGGUGCUAAAGUACAGUAUAGAGGAGUUAACCCUGGACUUUGGAUGUUAAAAGGAUGUUAUCUUUAAUGUGGCUGUUCACCUCACGCCAUUGUGAGACAGGCUUUUAAACUUCAAACUUUUUAUAAAAACUUUCACAUGAAAAGAAAUAUUCCGUCAUUUAGUUUUAUGGGAAUGUAUGAACUGAUAAAACAUGCAGCGACUGGGGCCUGUCAAAAAGACAAAAAAGUGCAUAAAAAUAGUCCAUGACUUAAAUUGUCAUCAGAGUUGAACUUGACACGGUCUUGAUGCACAGAUGCAUGAAGGAGAUUUAAGCUACACAAGAAGGGAACCGUUUCGAUUAAUAACAGGUCUGUUCCUCGCAUGCGCUUUCAUAUUACACAUUUUGAAUAUCACCGCUGUCCUUCUGAAACCUCCAUAUUUCAUGAUUUUUAUUUUAUUUCUAUUCAUAAAUCAUUAUUAUUAGUCACCCUUUAUGUUUGUCGCUAGGUUUUGCAAAUAUCUAACCGAUAAAAAGUGCCUGUCAACUUUGACAACACAGUAUGUAUUCAAAUUCCAUUUCCUGAAAAACCGCGAAUUUGGACAUAAGAGGUUUCAGAAGGACGGCAACGAUAUAUGAUAUUCUAAUGUAUAGUACACAUGAACUAUUUCAACUUUAUGGUGUGUUUUUGUACGUCACUAAAGGAGAUUCCCAAUUAAGGAGUAAAAUCAUUUUUACCAUGUUUAAUUAAAGUGAUGAUAACUGGAGAUUGAUGCUAUGAAACAGCGGUGUGUUCGAUUUAUUGAACCUAAAGGGAUCAAUGUUUUAUGUAUAUUUGUAGUUAGUGUUAUAUAUUUAUGAGCAAAUCAUCAUUUUUUUAUCGGAAUCAGAUUUUUUGAUGUCCUGCUAUUGACCCACAACAUAAGACAAAAUGCAAUUUCUCUUGCGUUCAUGAAGACCUUACACUCUCCACUAUAGGACAGUUAUAGUUUGCCCUUCGGCUUCUAUGUGAAUAGGCAUCGUGUGUAUACAAGAAAUAUUAUUUUCUAAGAGAUGAAGUCUCUUUAUGUUUCUGAUGGCAUUAUAUUUUGAGGGUACAUGGGCAGGUGGUCUGAAUGCAGUGGAUGAUGUUUGAACUGCUCACUGAUGUUGCAUGGAUCAUGAAGCAUUAUUAUUAUGCAGAUGGUUUCUAUGCAAUUAAAAAGAAAAUGUGCAUCACACGAUCACUGCCUUUCACACUGUGAAACUUUGCUAUGCUUUUGUAUGUUGUACAUUGUAAAAAUAAACAUCCAAUGUAAAAUGUGAUGCAGUUUACAGUGAAAUCUGUCUGACAGUCAACCUUUGUCUUUGUCUGUCUGUCUGAUCUAUUGGACAAGUUUUUCUGCCUGUCUAUCUGUCUGUCUUCUAGAUGUCUGUUUG